UCGGCACUUUUAUGAAGAACGUGCAAGUGCUGCUCGAUGCAGCAAAUUACAUAGAAAAUAUCGAGAAGAACAACGGAAGUAAGUAAACACGGGCUGUUGGGAAUAUUAACACGUAAUGCGCCGGCCGAGCAGACAACAAUAGAGGCGAAGGCGACAAAAGACGCGCAGCGGACAGAUGAACUGGCCCGACAGCAGCCAGUCAGAGCCUGUUUCACUGAAACUAACUGCAGGCUAAUGGAGACAACACUUAUAAAACAAGAACAUUUGAAGACAAGAGGGGAUAUUUGCUACAUUUGGAAAUCAGGAAGCAAUUGCAUCGCCUGAGACUGAUUUUUUUUUUUUUUUUUUUUUUUUUUUGUGCAACAAUAGCCUGCAGCUAAAUGAUCUGCUCCCAUUUAAACUGGUCUGUGCAGCCCAUGAAAGACUUGCAGUACAUUAAUUAUUUUUAUUAGGGCUGCAUAUGUGCACAUAUAGGACAGUAUAUGUAGACAUUUAUGGAAUUUAGAUUCCAAAUUUCCCCUUCAGGCUAAUUAGCAAUCGCAGUUUUUUGCACCUCCUGUCAAGAUUGUUCCCGUUCGCUCAAAAUAUCGCAUUCACGGACCCUAUUGCAUAAUAUAUAAAUCAUGACUUAGAAUUUUUUCACGAUUAACAUUUCUAAUUCAAAGCCCCAGCUAUCGUUUUCAGAGGCAGCUGCGCUUCCUUGUGUGUGUUGUUCACAUGGUUUCCACAUGGAACAAAUUGUAAAGUUUCCAUUGGUCCGCACACAUGUUCCCAGCGCGAGAGUCACUGCAGAUACCCAAUCAGACGCAGAAUGUGAGCAUGGCUAUGCCUCAACAUACCCUGCCACCCAGACUACACAUCAACAGAAACAGCGUAAAUUCAAGAACAGGAAACUGGACAGUCUUCACAAUAGGUCUGCACACAAUGAACUGGAAAAAAAUAGACGAGCACAUCUCCGCCUGUGUUUGGAGAGGUUGAAGUCUCUCAUCCCUCUGGGACCAGACUGCAGUCGGCACACCACACUGGGACUGCUCAACAAGGCCAAAGCACAUAUCAAGAAACUUGAAGAGAUGGACCGGAGGAGUCAGCACCAGCUGGACACCCUGGAGAGGGAGCAGAGGCACCUACAGAGGCAGCUAGCUCAGCUGCAGACUCUUGGAGAGAGGGAGAGGGUCCGUACAGACAGCCUGGGCUCCCGGAUGGACUCCGACCGCUCAGAGUCUGACAGAGAAGAGAUUGAAGUUGAUGUGGAAAGCACUGAGUUCUCCCAUGGAGAAAUGGACAGUGUAAGCACCAGUGGUGCAAGUGACCUGGAAGACCACAGCAGCCGGCAGAGCUCAGCCAGUGAUGAGGGCUACUCCACUUGCAGUCUAAAACUGGCCUUCUCUGCUUAAAGCACCAGCCUAUACUUUUAACUUCAGCUGCAGUCUUUUAUGGCUUUUCAACAAAGUACCAGCCUACAGCUCCAUUUUUCCCCUUGCAGUUUAGGUUAACUGUCCUCCGAAGAAGAACCAGCCUCAACCCCACCUUUACCUGACAAAUGAAACGUCUACUCUACCCAAGAACCAGCCUUAAGUUCAACUCAGUCUAAAAGUUUAAAAUGUCCUGCUUCCAAAAGUCAAUGGGGCGCCUUUACAUCAGAAACAUUUUACACAACAGCGUCAAAUUUAACUUCUCUGGCAAUAUACAGUUUCAAAGCUGAAGCUCCAACUUAAACCAAUCACCUGAAUGUCCCUUUUCCUGUUACCAGCUUGAAUCAACCAUACCUGCACUCAAUACUGAUCCUAUUCAGAACCUGUAGAGGACACCCAUGAUCACAGCAGUGUCCAACACUGAAAGGGCAACUCUACCUUUAAACACGUUGAUCCUCAGAAACCAGCAAAAAAAACAAAAAACAAACAAACAAAAAAAAAAAAACACAAAAACCCCCAAUACCAGCUAGAAGCUCACCAUUGGUAAGGUUUGCUCCAUUUGCCUUGUAAAAACAUUGCCCUUUUUCUUUGGAUAACAUUUAUAUAUCCAGAUGGCACUUCUUGUCAGUGUACAAGCCAGUGGCAAGGGCUACAAUGUCUGCAUUCCAAAACGUUUAUUACACUUAUAUAACUUCUGCUUUAGGACCCACAACCAUCAUCGAUCCACGUGGCGUCCCUCUUGACUGAAAUACAGUUGUAUCCAAACAGGUGGUGUAGUCCACUCUUGUUAUUCUAAUUUAUUUUGCAUAUAAUUAUAGUAUUUAUUUUUGGUAUAUUUAAUUGUACUGUAGCUAGGUCUUGGUCAUGCUUGAAUGAAAAAAAAUACCCUAAAUAAUACUUUUUUUUUUCAUUGUUUUUACAAUAUGUUUACCAAAAUGACUUGACAUAAACUUAAUCCCCAACUGAUGCAUAUGCAGUGCUACAUGUUUAAUGGCAUUUUGUUGAAAGAAUGACACAUCUCUUUCACAAUGUGCGCAAAUUCAAUGUCAUUUUAUUUAGACAGUAAUAAGCUAUCUCACACUUGUCCAAGCACAAGGCUAAAGCAAUAACGCGUCUAGUUUGAUCAUAUCGUUAAUGUCGGCUGUAUUUAGCACACUGUUCUGUCCGUCCAACACCAAAUUGCAGUUUGCUAGUUUUCCACUCGCUACGGUAGUGGUAUGAGUUAUUAAUAAUCAGCAGUAAAAAUGUAAUUGAUUUAAAAAAAAAAAAAAAAAAAAAAAGCUAUGGUGCAUGUAUAUUGAAUGUAGCCUUUCUAAUCAUGUUGUAAUGUGCUUUGGAUUGAAAAGUCUUAAAAAUGUCUGUAGCAUGAACAAGAUAAACACUACAGAGUGCUAAUUUUGGUUUAUACUUCAGUGUUUAAUACUGUAUAUUUUUUGUAUUGUAGCAGAAAAAGUACAACUUUGAAUCCUUGAAAUUUGGAGACUUCCCAUUAAUAACUACAAUGUCUGUUUGACACACAGGGUUGCGCUGCUGACCUGUUCUAAUCCAUGAAACCAAAUUAGACAUUUCAAUAUGACCAUUUAUCUGCAUUCUUCUGGUACAAGUCCUAAGUAGAUCACCACCAAAUUGUGUCUUAACAUGGGUAUAUGACUCUUGCACAAGUUCCUUGUUACAGGUCUUUUUCCCCCCCAACGUGUUUGGGAAAUUAUAAAAUGCACUAUGAAAAAGACUUUUGUUAAGGAAGUAUGUCAAAGCACACCCCAGAAUGUUUUCUCUUGUGCUUAAUCAGCCAUCCAAGGUGACUUUUUUGCAAAACACAUGCUGCUGGUCCCCUGCUAAUACUUUGUUACAGUUCCUGAUAACUGUCCCUGGAAUCUUAAUAAACCUCUACCACCAAGACAUAAA